GCACCACUGGGACAGCGCCCCGCUACCGGUGCUGCCCGGCCCCCGGUCGGUGCCGCCCGGCCCCCGGCCCUGCCCCUGCCCCGGCGCUCGCCGACACCCGCGGGCGGGGGUGGAGGGCGGGGGGAGGUCCGGGCGCGGAGCCGGCAGCGCCUCGCCCCGCACACGAUCGCACUCCGCACAGCCCGCCCAUGGCUGACAGGAGCCUGAUCGAGGGCGCCGAGCCCCUGCCGCGCCGGGAGGAGGCUCCGGAGUGGGGCUACGAGGAAGGAGUGGAGUGGGGACUGAUUUUCCCCGAUGCUAACGGGGAGUACCAGUCGCCCAUCAACUUGAACUCAAGAGAAGCUAAAUAUGACCCAUCGCUCCUGGAAGUGCGUCUGUCACCGAACUACGUGGUGUGUCGUGACUGUGAAGUGAUCAACGACGGGCAUUCGAUCCAGAUUGCCCUGAAGUCAAAAUCAGUGUUAAUAGGGGGGCCGUUGCCUCGGGGACACGAGUUUGAACUACACGAUGUUCGAUUUCACUGGGGGAGAGAAAACCAGCGUGGUUCUGAGCACACGGUUAAUUUUAAGGCCUUUCCCAUGGAGCUUCAUCUAAUGCACUGGAACUCCACACUGUACAGCAGCAUUGAUGAGGCAGUAGGGAAGAAGCACGGCAUAGCAAUUAUUGCUUUGUUUGUGCAGAUAGGAAAAGAGCAUGUGGGCCUAAAGGCUGUAACUGAAAUUCUUCAGGAUAUCCAAUACAAGGGAAAGUCCAAAACAAUACCCUGUUUUAAUCCCAACUCUUUAUUGCCAGAUCCUCUUCUGCGUGACUACUGGGUGUAUGAGGGCUCUCUGACCAUUCCACCCUGCAGUGAAGGUGUCACCUGGAUAUUAUUUCGCUAUCCUUUGACUGUGUCCCAAGUGCAGAUAGAGGAAUUUCGAAGGCUGAGGACUCAUGUUAAAGGUGCUGAACUUUUAGAGGGCUCUGAUGGAAUCCUAGGAGAUAACUUCAGACCAACUCAGCCACUUAGUGAUAGAGUCAUCAGGGCUGCAUUUCAGUAGCAGAGGAGGAAGAACAGUGAUGAAUCUUCAGUCAGAGAGGGGGAAGACAAUGCUCCCACAGUGCCCGCAGAUGAGAAAUGGAAACUUUUGAGACUGCUGCUUCAGUUGAACCACAAAGCCUGUAUUGUUUGUCUUCAUCUAAUUCAGCCUUGAUAGACAGCUGUGACAGUUGGUCUGUCCACAUGGUCCAGUGACAUUCUGGGAAUGGGCUGUACAUUAAAAGAAGAAAACAUAUUAAAUCUUCCAUUUCACACUGUUAACUAUUUUUAAAUUGUCAUUAUUGUUGCUUUUAUAGCUACUUUGCCAUAGCAUUCAGUAGUCAUCUGUGAUCCAAAUAGUACUGAUUUUAAGCUUGGUGUGAAUGCUAAUAUGUAGAAAUACUCAUUAUUGUUUUGAAUGUUAGAUUUAUUUUUAUUCCAUAUCAUCUCUUGUUCUGUCAGUAACCAUAUUUUCUGUAGAGGGGAGAUGGAUUCUACAAAGGUAAGAAAAACUCUGUUCACAAGGAGUAUUAUGCAAAUUUAAAAUUAUUUUUUUUGGCAGAAAGAAACACUUCUCUGCUAAACAUGUGCACUUGAUAUGGUUUAUCUGAAUAAAGCUCAAUGACAUUUGCAUCACUAGGAACCUUGCUAAAAAAUGAGUUUGGAACUUAGUAAAAUUAACCAAUGUAACAAUAAACUCAGUUGUCUGGA